AUGAAUAAGGACAAGGAACCAACGGUCCGUUCGCAGUCGGACUUAUACGGACGCAUUUCCCGCGCAUACGAGAACUUGCGGAAGUCGGGAACCGCCAACAUAACGAUCGAGCUGGCGGAAGCGCGACUUCAAGCCCUCGAGGUCAACUGGGCGAAGUUCGAGUUCCAGCACAACAAGCUUCUCGAACACUGGGAAGCCCUGUCGGAAAGCACAUACGUGAAAACGGACAUGCCAACGCUAGCUGAGGAGGCGUACCUGACGCAGAAGGACAUGUUCUUGGACACGCUUCGACGCCUCAGAGCCGCGGAGAGGACCGAGACUCCAGCCUUCGGACCGCCGCCGUCGCAUCCGGCGCGAACUACACUGCCGAGGAUCCAACUCCCGCAGUUCUCCGGACUCUACGAGGAUUGGCCUUCGUUCCGGGACCUCUUUCACUCCCUCAUCGGGAAGGACGAAUCCACCGCCGAAGUCGAGAAGCUCCAUUACCUGAAGUCGUGUCUGAAAGGAGAAGCAGAGCUCAUGAUUCGAAGUCUACCUACGACAGGCGAGAACUUUGGUCGCGCGUGGAAGGUUCUCACGGACUACUACGAGAACAAGCGGCUGCUCGUGCAGUCCUACAUAGCCAGGUUCACGGCAAUUCAGCGGAUGAGGGAGAUUUGGCAGUAA